UGGAGCCGAGCGGAGGCGGCGGCGGGUCCGGAGCGGGCGGUGGAAGCCGCCGCCGCGAGGCGCCGGGGAUGGGCGCGGCCGGAGCCCUGGACCCGCGGCGCCCGAACGAGACGCUGCAGCGGCUGCUGUGCGGGGGGGGCCCCGGCAACGCCUCGGGCUGGAACCGGAGCCUCUGCGACCUGCUGCGGAGCCCGCCCGGGCCCCCCCCCGCAGACCUGGAGUUCACGGUGCGGGUCCUGCUCUACGCGCUGAUCUUCCUGCUCUCUGUCUUUGGGAACUCGCUGAUCAUCGUGGUGCUGGUGCUGAACCGCCGGCUGCGCACGGUCACCAACUCCUUCCUGCUCUCGCUGGCGCUGAGCGACCUGCUGCUGGCGCUGUGCUGCAUGCCCUUCACCCUCGUGCCCAACCUCAUGGGCACCUUCGUCUUCGGCCCCGCCGUCUGCAAGCUCGUGGCCUAUCUCAUGAGCAUCUCCGUCAGCGUCUCCACCUUCAGCCUGGUGGCGAUCGCCAUCGAGCGGUACAGUGCCAUCUGCAACCCGCUGCAGUCCCGCGUGUGGCAAACCCGCUCCCACGCCUACCGGGUCAUCGCCAGCACCUGGCUGCUGUCCCUGCUGCUCAUGCUGCCCUACGCCAUCUACAGCACCACGGUGCCCACCCGGCCCGGGCUCGCCCAGUGCCAGCACCUCUGGCCCAGCCAGCCCUUCAAACAGGCCUGGUACAUCCUGCUGCUCCUCAUCCUCUUCUUCAUCCCCGGCAUGGUGAUGGCCGUAGCCUACGGCCUCAUCUCCCGCGAGCUCUACCGCGGCAUCCGCUUCGAGAUGGAUGUGAAGAGAGAAGCCACAGGUCUCCAGCACGGCGGCACCGAGCCCCUGGCGCCGGGGGUGGAGGACGACGGCUGCUACGUGCAGCUGGCGAGGCCAGGGGGGGCGCUGGAGCUGAGCCUGCUGGGCCGGGCGGGCGCAGGGCAGCAGGACCGCGCCCGCGUCAACGGCUCGCAGGCCAUGCUGCUGGCCAAGCGGCGGGUGAUCCGCAUGCUGGUUGUCAUCGUGGUGAUGUUUUUCCUCUGCUGGCUGCCCAUCUUCUCCGCCAACACCUGGCGCGCCUUCGCCCCGGCCGCGGCCCAUCGGGUGCUGUCGGGCGCCCCCAUCUCCUUCAUCCACCUGCUGUCCUACACCUCGGCCUGCGCCAACCCGCUCAUCUACUGCUUCAUGAACCGGCGCUUCCGCGCCGCCUUCACCGCCACCUUCGCCCGCUGCCGCCCCCGGCGCCCCCGGCGCCCCCCGCCCGACGACGACAUGCCUACCACCGGCGCCUCCCUCUCCAAGAUCAGCUACACCACCGUCAGCAGCCUGGGGCCCCCCUAGCGUCCCCCCGUCAGCAGCCUGGGGCCCCCCUAGUGCCCCCCAUCAGCCCCUAGCACCCCCCCGUCACCAGCCUGGGGCCCCCCAGCACCCCCCCGUCAGCAGCCUGGGGCCCCCCUAGUGCCCCCCGUCAGCCCCUAGCGUCCCCCCGUCAGCAGCCUGGGGCCCCCUAGCGCCCCCCCGUCAGCAGCCUGGGGCCCCCCUAGUGCCCCCCGUCAGCCCCUAGCGCCCCCCCGUCAGCAGCCUGGGGCCCCCCUAGUGCCCCUCCGUCAGCCCCUAGCGCCCCCCCGUCACCAGCCUGGGGCCACUUGGCGUCCCCUCUGCCCAACCAUCCGCCCCCUUCCCCCCCAGGGCUGCGCUGCCCCCUGGACUCCUAACGGCCGGGGCCUGGGCUCCCUGGUGCUGGAAGUGGGGCCCGGGAAAUGGGGGGCUGUGCCCCUCCCGCACCCCAACCCCCCUGCCACAGCCCUGACUCCCUGCCCUGAGCCCCUCCCGCACCCCAACCCCCUGAUCCCCUGCCCUCAGCCUCUCCUGCACCCCAACCCUGACCCCCUGCCCUCAGCCCCUCCUGCACCCCAACGCCCCAGCCCUGAGCCCCUCCCACACCCCGGCCCCAGCCUGGUGACAGUGGGAGAGUGAGUGAUGGAUGGAGUGAGCAGGGUGGGGCCUUGGAGAAGGGGCCGGGCAGGGGUGGAGUGUUUGGGUCUGUGUGAUUAGACAGUUGGCACCUUUAGCUGGGCUGUGGAUGGGGGGCUGCUGGGGGGCCCUGGCACUCCACCGACUGGGGGCCCUGCCCUGGGCACAGCGAGGGGUGGCGAUGCUGUCUUGUGCUCCGGCUGCCCCCUGGCUGGCAGGCUCAGCACGUCUGUCCCUGGGGGCAGGGAAAGGUGUCUGGGGCACGUCUCCCAGUGCCCCCCAGGCCUGCUGCAGCCCCGCUAGCAGGGGGCUGGGUCUCUGGCCCAAGGCAUGGUGAUCUCAACACCUCCCCCUCCCCCCCGCCCCAUGGCUGGCUGGGCCUUGGGCCUCCAGCGAGCAGCCCCCCAUGUGCCCAGACCCCAGCAGAGCCUGUCCCCUCGUGCCCGGCUGCCCCUGUCCUGGGGUGGGGGGGCUGGGGAAGCAAACACCCCCCACCAGCUGUUAGCCUGACCCCCGUGGGGCUGGCCGCCAGGCAGGACACCCAGGGGCAGACAUGAAGCCCCCAGCACCUGGGUCUCAGGGAGCGGGCGGGAGCGUUUCCAGGGGCCCUGAGCUGGGAGCCUGGUUGGGGGGCAGGAGCGGGGGGAGCAGGUGCAGGAUGGGGGUUGCUGUAGGCUGCUCAGGGCAUGCUGGGGGUCCCGAGGGGCAGUGGGUGGGCAUGGCGAGGGAGGCCACCCAACCAGCGCCAUGGGGUGCCCUGGGGAGGGGGAGCCAGCAGGGCCCUGGCCAGUCCCUGAGCCCUGUUCUAGGGGCCCCACGGGAGCCGUGCCCGGGGCGCGGUCUCUGGGGGUAACGUGGGAGCCGUGCCCGGGGCGGGGUCCCUGGGGGCCGCGGGGGAGCCGUGCCCGGGGCGGGGUCCCUGGGGGUAACGUGGGAGCCGUGCCCGGGGCGGGGUCCCUGGGGGCCGCGGGGGUGCCGUGCCCGGGGCGGGGUCCCUGGGGGCCCCGUGGGAGCCGUGCCCGGGGCGGGGUCCCUGGGGGCCCUGCAGUAGCUGUGCCUGGGUCAGGGUCUCUGCAGGUAACAGGGGAGCAGGUGGCUGACCCGGGGGGCUCAGGCUGCCGACCAGCCAGGCUGGAUAGCACCUGCUGGGGUCUGGGGGGACAGCACAGGUCGGGCUCCUGGUCCUCCAGCCCCCCAGUGUCCCUGUGCCCGGCUGCAGGCACUGCCUGGCAUUGGUCACCCGGGAGAUGCCCAAGGGAGCCGGGCCCAGGGCUGGACACAGCCCUCUGCGGACAGAUGGGGGAUGGGAUCGGAGCUGGCGCCCCCUUUCGCCCUCCCCCAGCCAGUGCCCCCAUCACUGCAUCUGUGACCCAGCCCAGUCUUGGCUCCAGCCAGUGCCCCCCACAUGCACCAGGGGCACGUCGGCAGAGCCCAGCCGGUGCCCCCCGCCUGCCCCCCGCGUCUCUGUGCUGCUGCUUGGCCCCACACGGGGCCUGUGGAUAAUAAACACCUUGGAACGGC